AAGAGGAGUUGAUUAACUCUCAUCUUCUCGUCACUCUCUAGCAUGGUGGUGUGGAGCCCAGUGCUGAAACUUUGCUUUGCUGUCUUCAAUCUCUCCCUCGUUGCUCUUUUAUGGGCCUUGGUCCCAUGAGAAGAGGGGAAAAAAAAAGCGAGCCUUUUGCUUGGUCAAAUCCUUCACAACAGUUCUCCCUUUUGAUUGCAUCCACGCACCCUCUGCUUCUUCAAUACUAGCUGAGAUAGAGAGGGGGCGAAAUUAACUAUAAUCCCACUUCUAUUCUCUCCUCUUUAUAUUGAUGGAUCCACAGAUCUAAUGCUUCCAUUUUCGGCUGACUUUCUCCUUUCCAACCGGGCCAUUCGAUAUCUCACCAUCUAUUGUCAAUUCGUCUGGUUUUGUGAAUCGUUCUCGUGGCGAGGAAUUCAGGACUGCUCUAAUCGUGACUGAAAAUUCUGGGGUAAGGAAGUUUUGGGGCCGUUGAUAGAUGAGGAAAUUCUGGACGGUUGUCUGGUGAGAUGAGGGAUGUUAUCACAGUUAAUGAACUUUCUGCGGGCCUGCUUGUGGCCAAGUUCGGAUCAAAAUGCACGUACAGGUUCAGAUGCCGGAGGUCGACUAGAUGGAUUGUUGUGGUACAAAGACUCGGGGCAGCACUUGAGCGGUGAAUUUUCAUUGGCUGUGGUCCAAGCCAAUAACCUGCUGGAGGAUCAGAGCCAGAUUGAAUCGGGCAGUUUGGGCUCCAGUGAGUCUGGUCCUUAUGGUACCUUUGUUGGUGUUUAUGAUGGGCAUGGGGGCCCUGAGACAUCACGGUUUAUUAAUGAUAACUUGUUUCAUCAUCUUAAGAGGUUUGCUUCAGAGCAGCAAUCAAUGUCAGUAGAUGUAAUUCGUAAGGCAUUUCAAGCAACAGAAGAGGGAUUUAUGUCUCUUGUUGCCCGACAGUGGCCAAUGAAACCACAAAUUGCAGCUGUUGGGUCAUGCUGUCUUGUUGGUGUUAUUUGUAAUGGAACCCUUUAUGUAGCUAAUCUUGGUGAUUCUAGGGCUGUUUUGGGAAGAGCGGUCAAGGCAACUGGGGAUGUACUGGCUGUGCAAUUGUCAGCAGAGCACAAUGUGGGGAUAGAGUCUGUAAGACAGGAACUGCAUUCUUUGCACCCUGAUGACUCACAGAUUGUUGUUUUAAAGCAUAAUGUAUGGCGUGUAAAGGGCCUUAUACAAGUUUCAAGAUCUAUUGGUGAUGUCUAUUUGAAAAAGGCUGAGUUCAAUAGAGAACCACUAUAUGCCAAGUUUCGACUUAGGGAGCCAUUCAAGAGGCCUAUACUAAGCUCAGAACCAUCAAUAUCAGUGUACCAAUUGCAGCCUCACGAUCAAUUUAUUAUAUUUGCAUCUGACGGGCUCUGGGAGCACCUUAGCAAUCAAGAUGCAGUUGAUAUAGUUCAAAAUAAUCCUCGUAGUGGAAGUGCAAGGAAACUGGUGAAAGUCGCCCUCCAAGAAGCAGCAAAGAAGAGAGAAAUGAGAUAUUCAGACCUAAAGAAGAUUGAUCGUGGGGUUCGUCGACAUUUCCAUGAUGAUAUAACUGUGAUUGUUGUGUUCCUUGACUCGAAUCUCGUGAGUAGGGCAAGCUCUGCGAAGUUUAAUAGUGUAUCUGUUAGAGGUGGUGGCAUCAACCUGCCUCCAAACACACUGGCACCUUGCACGACACCAGCAGAGGCUGGUGGUACCUGAUUUAAGUUGUAUCUUAUGUGUCUUGUUGUAUCUUUAUCUUGUGUGAAUACCAGGUGUCUUCAAAUAGCAAUGAGAGAAGCAGCACUUCAAUUUUUUAAAUGCGAAACUGUAGCUUACUAGAAUAGUAAUGCCUGUUAUGUUAGGCCUUCUGACAAAAUGAAAGAACAACGGGGAUCUUCCCAUGACCGUUAUAUGAGUUGUGUUUGCGCCAA